UCUCUCUCUCUCUCUCUCUCUCUCUCUGCCUUGCUUCCCGUGAUCUCACUAGAACCUGGCAGAUCAAGACUUAAGUCUACCGGAUCCUCUCAAGGUGCUUGUCUGACCCAUUCUGCAGACUCAUCCGUCCCUCAACUGUGCAAUGAUCUCAUCAACACUCAUUUCUGUCUUUUCACUCCUUGUCUCUACCACAUUCGUUCAUGCUCAGACACGACACUCCAAUAUACCACGACGACCACACGAAACUCAGUCCGAGCACGAACAUUAUUCCAAUCCCAAUGCCAGGGCUCACACAUCUCAUCGUCAUCAUCGACCUCGGGCACCUUAUAACCCUACCAAUCCACAUCGAGGCCUCUUAUCACGAUCCAUCACCCAAGAUGUCGCCACAGCCUCCGGAGCAAGCUACGACUUCAUCAUUUCCGGUGGCGGAUUAGCUGGUCUCGCAGUCGCUGCUAGAUUGAGUGAAUGGAGCAAUGUCACUGUUCUGGUCGUCGAAGCUGGACCAUCAGGAGAUGAACAUCAGGAUCAGAUCAAUAUCCCUGGAUACAGCUAUCUACACUCCCUUGGAGGAACCAUCUACGAUUGGAAUUAUACGACAGUGCCACAGGCGGAUAGCUUGGACCGCGUCGUGAACUGGCCGCGCGGACGAGGUCUUGGCGGAUCCGGUGCAGUGAAUGGACUGUAUUGGUGUUGGGCAGCAAAGGAGGAAUAUGACGCUUGGGCUGAGCUCAACCCUGAUGGCGAUCAAACUUGGGAUUGGGACGAAAUGUUCAAAUACAUGAAGAAGGCAGAGACAUUCACAGAUGCGCCAGCGACCACCAAGCAGACCAUGGGUAUGGUCACUGAAAUGUCCAAUCAUGGUACCUCUGGACCCAUCCAUAUCGGCUUCUCUCAGUUCAUGUACGACGCUGUCAGUGCCUGGCUACCGUCCUGGGAGGCGAUGGGCCUAAAGUCGAUGGACCUGUUUGGUGGAGAUACUCGCGGGGCGGCUAUCACUCCAUCCACACUGAACGCAAGAAAUCAGACGCGAUCGGAUGCUCGAGCAGGAUACAUUGAUCCACUUCCACCACGAGAUAAUCUAGUCAUUCUUACUGGAUACCAAGUCACCGAAGUUCUGUUCAGCCAGACCGACGAUGCGAAUGGGAACAAGGUGGCCUCUGGAGUCAAAUUCUCGGCUGGACCAGGACAGCAGGAGCACUUCGUCCAAGCCAACAAGGAAGUCAUCCUUAGUGGCGGUACUGUUGGAUCACCUGCUCUGCUCCAACUAUCCGGUAUCGGUCCGCAAGACAAGCUCGCAGAUGCUGGCGUACAGACCAAGAUCGACCUUCCUGUAGGCUACAAUCUUCAGGAUCACUUGUCAUGGUCCAUGUACUUUUCUACCCCGCCAAACACACCCACUUGGGGUGACUUGCAGAACGAUCAGGCGCUUCAGGCUGAGCAGCUAGCACAGUGGCGCGAUUCUGCCACUGGCCAGUGGACAUUUAUCAAUGAGGCCAUCGCAUUCCCUGCGCUGGGCGAUCUCAUGACUGCUUCUGGUGCCCGAGACUACGCUGCGAAUGUUCAGGCCGCUCUCUCCAAGACUGCUGCCGAUGUCACUUCUUGGCAGGUCCUCCCUCAAGGCGUCUCGGCGUCUUUGAGCAAGCAAUACGCGAUUCAACAAAGAUGGUUGACCACUGGAGUUGGUCAAAUAGAAUACUUACUGACCAUGCUCGGUCGGAACGGCGCAAAAGACCAAGUCGGCAUUCAAAUGGCCUUGCAACAUCCUUGGAGUCGAGGGAGUCUCUUCAUUAAUUCGUCUGAUCCGUUCGCGCCGCCAGCCAUCAAUCCAGACUAUCUCGGCGUAGGAUACGAUAUCGACCUGAUGGGCUACGCUGCCGAAUAUGCUCGUAAGCUGGCCAAGAUUGCGCCAAUGAGUCGGUUGGCAAUCACCGAGACGUAUCCAGGAGCUUCAGCCACCGGCGAUGCUCUCGCCAAAGCGACCCGAGAAUCGUGUACGACAGAAUAUCAUCCGCUUGGGACCUGCUCAAUGUUGCCGAAGGACGAGGGCGGAGUGGUAGAUACGAACCUCAUCGUGUAUGGUACUUCCAACGUCCGAGUGGUCGACUCCAGCAUCAUGCCACUUCAGAUUUCUGCUCAUCUCAUGGCUUCGACUUAUGGGAUAGCAGAGAAAGCGGCGGACAUCAUCAAGCAGAAGCAUUUCGCAGUGAUCAAGCCCUCUUCGUCCGAUGCCACUACCUCAGUGACACCGAGCAGUAUUGCAAAACCUGGGGUGGCGACGGACAAGACCAUCGUUGAUGGACAGAACAAUGCCAAGUCCGGUGCUAAUGCCGACGGGAUGAGCAUGAUUGCGAAAGUUGGUAUUGGUGUCGGGGCUGGAAUCGGAGCCAUCGCGCUGGUUGUUCUUGCAUCCGUCCUCCUCUGCAUGAGGUCCAAACGGCGUGAAAGAGAGGCUGCUGCUGCAGCUUACGGGUUCAAAGGAUAUGGCAAUGGCGCUGGAGGUCGGUACGAGGGACUAGGCUCCACCAAGGAGUACGACCCCUACAGCGGCGAUUCCACACCCAUGAAUGAAUUCUCUCGAUCCCAUUCAAACCUGACAACGGAACAUGGUCGGCCAAGUAAUGUUGGACUAAUCGAUCCGUAUUCUGAUGGUGGAUACGCCGAUUACACGCUAGGUCAAAGUCAAGCUCAAGGCGUUCACCACCAGAAUAGUGGAAGCGGAGGGAGUGGAAGCUUGUUGAUGCCUGUACCGGGACACGCGUAUCCAUCUUAUGGACAAGGCGUAGAUAGGUUCCAUACGCCUUCACCUGGUCCUUGGGAUUCUACUAUCAACACGCCGACUUGGGCUCAAAGUCCACCCAGACAGGUAUACCAACCUGUUCAACCGAGGUGACGACAAGGUGAAUGAAGCAUUGCCGGCUUCUGUAUCUGCUGUCUUUGUGAUCCAAGUGAGAACUUUUCUGAGUCUCGAUUUUCGUCUACGAACACCCUGUCAUGCAUCUUUUACGACCUA